AUUACAGAGAAUUCAUUCCUGAGCUGGAGAGGUGCCAGAAGUUUCUCAUCUAGCUGUCUGUGGUCUGCCUUUUUCUUUCCCCUCUUUGAGGCUUUCUGAUGCCUAGAGUGAGCUCAACUGAAAGGUUUCCAGCCUCACACUCGCCUUGCAUUCCCCCACAGUCACACCGAGCUCUGGGAUUCUGAGGAAGACCGUGUGCCAGCAUCCUAUUCACAAUCUCCUUUUACCUGCAGGUGUUCCAGAAACUUCAAAAUGCGUCUGGAAGAACUGAAAAGAUUGCAGAACCCUUUAAAACAAGUUAAUGAUGGAAAAUAUUUACUUGAAAAUCACCCGCUGGCCACGGAUGUGGAGAAUAAUAUUGAAAAAUAUCAUCUCAAUCUACAGCCCUUGGAAUCAAAGGUGAAAAUCAUCCAGCGAGCAUGGCGCGAGUACCUGCAGCGACAGGAGCCCCUGGAGAAGAGGAGCCCGUCCCCGCCCUCCGUGACCUCAGACAAGCUGAGCAGCUCCGUCAGCAUGAACACCUUCUCAGACAGCAGCACACCGUUCGCUGAGACUUCUUUGAUGAAGAUCCAUUCUUACAUCUUUUGUUGGUCGCAGCCCCGUGAAAGGAAACUGACUCUACUCCACCUUGACGAGCCUGCCAGAUGCACUGGGUUCAUGUAUAUUCUCAAGGAACCCCAGAUAGAAGACUUGCUUUUACCCCUCUCUGAAGUAGACCUCAAGUUUGUGGAGGGGAUAAGGAAGACCCCUGGUCUCCCUUGGCUAAGCCUGUCACAAAGAGAUGAGCUUUCUCUAAUAAUCAGUGAGUGCAUUUGGAACUUCAGGGUUAAAAGCUUUCAGUCCAUGUCAAAUGUUCUCAAUAUGGUGUCUCCCUAG